AUGGCGCAGUUAAUCACGACUGAUUUAGGGGGAAUUCCUACAUUUGAUUGUGAUGGAGAACCGACUACGGUAGGGGUCAGAUGGCAAAAAUGGCGCAGAGCUUUUGAGUUAUUUGUUAUCGGUAAAGGGAUAGAAAAUGCGGCACAGAAGAGAGCAUUAUUAUUGCAUUGCGGAGGUAUGAAGAUGCAAGAUAUAUAUUUCACAUUUCCCGCGGCUCGCGAACCUGAUGGAGAUGAGACGGUGUACGACAUAGCUAUGGAACAACUUGACAACUACUUCCGGCCUAGAGUAAACACACCAUUCGAAAGGCAUGGAUUUCGUUUGAUGACACAAGAACCGACAGAGAGUGUGGAUCAGUUUGUGACUCGAUUGAAACAGAAAGCGCAACAUUGUAAUUUUGACAAUGCAGACGAACAUAUUAGGGAUCAAGUCAUCGAAAAAUGCAAAUCAUCUCACUUACGUAGGAAAUUACUGGAAAGAGGGGGUGAUUUGACACUCGAGCAAACGUUAACUACAGCAAGGGCUUUUGAACAAAGUCAACAACAAGCUACCGGAAUUGAAGGAGGAAGGAAUUCAGAAGCUUUUGUGAAUAAAGUAAGUGUACGAAAACACAAACCGAACUCCAGUAUAACUUGUUAUAGGUGUGGUCAAAGAGGACACAUUAAGUCAGAUCCAGCAUGUCCAGCCAUCGGUCAAAAAUGUCUUAAAUGCAACAAGCCUGAUCACUUUGCUAAGUGCUGUAAAUCGUUUACACCAAAGACUCACAAUUAUAGUCACAAAUAUUCCGGACGCAGCAAACCGAAGCCACGAGUUAGACUGGUGGACACAACAGAUCAGGAGGAUUCUGAUGAAGCUUAUGCAUUUACAUUGUCUAUGGAUAACCCACAAGAAACACUUGAAACACUUACAGUCAAUGGACCGUAUCACCCAACCGUUACCACAAAUAUUGGUGGAGUAGAAGAUAUUGUGAUGAUUGUCGAUUCUGGUGCUAGUUGUAACGUACUGGAUCACUCCUUAUGGGAGGAGUUAAAGAAGAAAAGAGUAAGAUGUACGUCACAGCGAUCUAGUAAAAAACUUUAUCCGUAUGGAAGUUCAAAACCACUGGACACCCUAGGAAGCUUUAUGGCAGACAUUUCAGUGGGAAAUUCUUCAGUGAAAGCAGAGUUCAUUGUGAUUCAAGGUAAAGGACAGGCCCUGUUAGGACAUAAAACAGCAACAGAGCUCGGAAUUCUGAAGGUGGCACAUGCAAAUUUCCUGUCAGAAGCCAGUAUAUUUACCAAAUAUGAAAAGUACUUUAAUGGUGUGGGAAAGUUAAAGAACUUUAAGUUGAUGUUACAUAUAGAUGAGAAUGUUACCCCUGUAGCACAGCAAGUCAGGAGGAUUCCGUUCGCUAUGAGGGAGAAGGUUGAGGCAAAACUCAAGGAGUUACAGGACAUGGAUAUCAUUGAGCCAGUUGAGGGACCAUCAUCUUGGGUCAGCCCUAUUGUUGUCACACCGAAGCAGUCUGGAGAUAUUCGUCUGUGCGUGGACAUGAGGCAAGCUAAUGAGGCCAUUAUUAGAGAGAGACAUCCAAUACCUACCAUUGAUGAGAUCCUGCAUGAGCUAAAUGGGAGUUGUAUUUUCAGCAAGUUAGACCUUAAGUGGGGUUUUCAUCAAUUGGAGCUAGCUGAUGAAUCUCGUGACAUUACCACUUUUGUUACUCAUAUUGGACUGUUUCGCUACAAGAGACUUAGUUUUGGUGUCACGUCUGCACCUGAGAUUUAUCAGCACACCAUUCAGCAGGCACUUCAUGGAUGUGACGGAGUGAGAAAUAUGUCGGACGACAUUAUUGUACAUGCCAAAACAAUGGAAGAGCACGACCGCAGAUUGCUAGCUGUGAUUGAGAAAUUAGGCAGCAAGGGAUUGACAUUUAAUAAGGAAAAAUGUCAACUUCGUCUCCGAAAACUAGAGUUCAUGGGACACGUCUUAUCAGACAAAGGAAUCGACCCGACCCGAGAGAAGGUGAAAGCUAUAGUAGAAGCUAGACCACCAACAAACGCAUCAGAAGUCAGAAGUUUCCUUGGAUUGGUUACAUAUUGUGGAAAGUUCAUUCCAAACCUAGCAUCACUGUCAGAACCGUUGAGACUUUUGACGAGGAAAAACCAACCAUUUACUUGGGGUCCUGAACAAGACAAAGCAUUCCGAAAGCUGAAGACAAGUUUAUCGAAAGCUGAGACUUUAGGAUAUUUUGAUCCAAAAGCGAGAACUCAAGUGAUAGCGGAUGCCAGUCCUGUGGGGCUUGGUGCAGUGUUAGUACAGAUACAACAGGGAGAGCCCCGUAUUAUUUGCUUUGCAAGCAAAAGUUUGACAGAUGUUGAAAGAAGAUACUCGCAGACCGAGAAAGAAGCCCUAGCACUGGUGUGGGCGUGUGAACGCUUUUACAUGUAUUUGUAUGGCAUCGAGUUUGAUUUGCUGACAGACCAUAAGCCUUUACAGUUCAUUUACAGCAAGAAAUCAAACCCGUGUGCACACAUUCAGCGAUGGGUAUUGAGACUCCAACCCUUUCAGUUCACAGUAAAGUAUAUUCCCGGACACAAAAAUGUUGCUGAUGUACUUUCUCGACUGUGUAUAUAUAAAUCUGAUGCACCCUCACCAAGUGAAAUAUCAGAGGAUUUUGUGAGAUUCGUGGCUCUGCAAGCCGUACCAAGAACCUUGACGAUUCAGGAGGUGGAGAAAGAGUCCGCUGGAGAUCUUGAGUUACACCGAGUGAAGGAAGCCUUACUAACUGGAAAUUGGACAGAUUGUGAGGAAAGCUACGUAUCCGUUAAAACUGAACUGUGCAGCAUAGGAAAGGUGAUCCUCAGAGGUACACGUAUUGUGAUUCCAACCAGUUUGAGGGAGAGAGUUUUAAGCGCUGCUCAUGAGGGACACCAAGGAAUCACUAAAACCAAACAACGACUGAGAGAGAAAGUAUGGUGGCCAAAGAUUGACAGUGAUGCUGAACGUGUUUGCAAGAAAUGUUACGCAUGUCAAGUAGUAGGAGGUCCAUCGUCACCUGAACCGUUACGCCGUAAAGUGCUUCCAGAUUAUCCAUGGCAAGCAACAGCAAUUGAUCUAAUGGGACCGUUUCCAACAGGAGAAUCAGUAUUGGUGUAUGUGGACUAUUACAGCCGUUUCUUUGAAACUUUUAUUUUGAAGAACACAGGAUCAACCAAGAUCAUUGAAUGUUUGGAGGAGAUUUUUGCUCGAUAUGGUAUUCCUGACACCCUGAGGAGUGACAAUGGAGCCCAAUUUCGUUCAGCAGAAUUUGAAAAGUUUUUAGAGGAAUACGGCAUCAACCAUGAAACAUCCACACCUUAUUGGCCACAAGCUAAUGGAGAAGUCGAGCGACAGAACAAGACCUUACUCAAGGCUAUCAGGACAGCUCAUGUUGAGGGAAAGGAUUGGAGAAAGGAGUUACCAAAAUUUCUAUCAGCUUAUAGAAACACACCACAUACAGUAACUGGAGUUGCACCAAACAAACUCAUUUUCCGAUAUCCAGUGAAGACCAAGAUUCCCAGUUUUCCAGAGAGAGAUGAGGAAGAUAUCCGAGUUAAAGACUGGAUAAAAAAGAAGAAAGAGAAAGAAUAUGCAGACAAGAGUAGAAACGCAAAAUACAGCCAAGUACAAGUUGGAGACAGAGUGUUGGUUCAGCAGCCAAAAGAAAAUAAACUUUCACCUGCCUUUGAGACAAAACCAUAUGAGGUCGUUGGACGUACAGGAAAUGAAGUUUUGCUGAAGGCACCACAUGGAGGUACAUAUCGCAGGAACGUAAAGCAAGUGAAAAAUCUGGAGAUUGACGGUAGCGUUCCACUUGAUGAUGCAGACGAUGUGACUGACCUAGAUCUUCCACAAAGUGAACUACCAGAUGAUGGGGACGACCUGGAGAUCACUGACAUGGACGAUGACCAGAAGAUUGAGACAGACCGUGGAGACUCUGUGCGUACAAGACCAGUUCGGCAACACAAGUUACCGGAUCGGUUCAAAGACUUUGUUUUGACAUAA